AUGAGCAAAGAUCAGGAAGAGGAUGCUGUGAAAGUUAAAGAAAAAGAGUACGAGAAACCACUACCGUACCCAAAAGUUUAUUCUAGAAAGGAUAGAGAGAAGCAGUUUGAUCGUUUUAUGGAACCUUUCAAGAAAUUAGAAAUAACCAUACCGUUCUCUGAGGCUCUUCAGCAAAUCCCAUCUUAUGCAAAGUUCUUGAAAGAACUUAUUACGAAGAAAAGGAAGUACCUUGAGAAGGAAACAAUUGAGGUGCAAGGUAAUUGCAGUGCAGUUCUACAAAGGACACUACCUCCUAAAUUACAAGAUCCAGGAAGCUUCACCAUUCCUUGUACAAUUGGAGAAGUAGAUGUUGGGAAAGCUUUGAUUGUUCUUGGAGCUAGUAUAAAUCUGAUGCCUCUUUCUAUGCUCAAAAAGCUUAGUGGAGUGGAAAUCAGACCAACAAGAAUGGUAGACAAAUUCCUUUUUCCUGUGGAUUUUGUUAUCAUGGAGAUGGAAGAAAACGAAAAUUCACCUCUGAUUCUUGGAAGGUCAUUCAUGAAGACAGCCAGGAUUGUGAUUGAUGUUGAGAAAGGGAAGCUUAAAGUUUAG